AUGAAUUUCAAUACUCUUUUAUUGGAAAAAGAUAAUGAUCUUCGUAGUUUAGCAUUGAGAGAAAUGUUAAACUAGGUGGAUCAAAACUGGUCAGAGAUAUCUGAAUUACUUAGUUAGAUAGAAACAUUAAGUGAAGAUCCCAAAUUUCCCGAAAGACAACUAGCCUCUUAUUUAUGCGCCAAGAUUCAAUACCAUCUGGACAACUUCGAUGAAUCUCUUAAUUAUGCUUUGUAGAGUGGACAAUAUUGGUAAUCAGAUUUGAAUGAUAAGUUUAAUCAAUGUUUAAUAAAACAUUGUAUUGAGUAAUAUCGUUAAUCAGGAAAGGCAUCUGAAGAAAGAAUAAGACUGAUUAAACACAUUUUGUAAUUGUCAUGUGGAUAAAAUAAUCACAUAUCCGCCAUAGGAGUAGCAGUUGAAUGCAAAAGGAUUGAUUGGGUAUCUGAAAUUCUGGUUAAAUGGGAUUACCCAGGUAAAAUGAUAUCUGUACUUCAUCUGUUCAAUACACAGAGAGGAGAAUUCAAAGAAUAAUUGUUAAGACUUUCAGUCGAUCUAAUAUAUAAGGAGGCAAAACAAGGUCAAAUUCCAAAUGAAGAAUGGGGCCAAUUUGUCACUGUCUUAAUUCAAUUGGGAGAGGCUAUUAAAGUUGCUGAAAUCCUUUGGACCUUGGUCACGAAUGAAAAUCAUUACAAAUUACAAACUGGUACUCCAUUGCUCUUGGCUGAACAACUAUGCAUAGAUUUAGCAUAAAAUUAAAAACCACAAUUUAUCCAGAAGAUUAUUGCCGCUUUGCCUAUUGAUCAAUAAUUCCAAGAAGUCAGAGACAAAUUAAUUAAAUUGCUAUCAGGAGAAUAACAAAGAAAAGCAUAUUUGCAUUUUUUGAAGAAUCACAGACAAGUUGAUAUUGAAAUCUUAAAUAAAAUCAAAGGUGCAAACGAUCCCAAAUAAUCCAGUGUUUUACAUGGUGCAUGCAUGUUCGGUCAUGCCUUAGCAACAGCAGGCACAUAAGAUACAUCUUUCUUAUAGGCAAAUUAAUAAUGGGCAACCAAAUGCAAUUAUUGGUAGAGAUUCACUGCUACAUCUACUUUGGGAAUGAUUCAUAAAUACAAUAUUGAAGAAUCCUAAUAAAUUAUGGCAACUCAUUUAGCCUAGACCAAUCCAUUUGAAAUUGGUGGAGCCCUAUAUGGAUUAGGACUUAUUCAUUUUGGAACUUAAGACCAGUAACUGUUACUCAAAUUUUCAGAUCACAUGAAAUCCUAAAAAGAAUAAAUAAUCCAUGGAGCUUGCUUAGGUUCAGGAUUGGUGGCAUUUGCUUCUGAAGAUGAAAAAUUAAAUUAAGAUUACAAUAAUCUGGUUUCCAAAAAUGAAUCAGUCUAUGGAGAAGGUGCCAGCAUUGGUUAUGGUCUAUUAAAUGCUGGAUCUGGAUCUAUUGAAUAAUGCAAACGUCUCUUGGUGUUGGCUGGUCAAUCAGAUAAAGACAAGAUAGUUAGAACCUUGUCAUUAUCAAUUGCUUGUAUACUCUUUCAUUAAGAGGAUAAGGCUGAUGUGAUUAUCGAUCAAAUGUUAUAAUCAAAUGAUCCAUUAAUUAGAUAUGGUGGUUGUUUCACCUUAGCUUUUGCAUAUGUUGGCACAGGAAGCAAUAAGAUCAUUUAAAAAUUGUUGUCAAUCUCAGUAAAUGAUGUUUCUGAAGAUGUCAGAAGAGCAGCUGUCAUCUCAUUUGGUUUCUUGAUGUUUAAGAAUUAUGAAGCAUUACCAAAAAUUAUGAGAUUAUUGACAUUAUCCUAUAAUCCCCAUAUCAGAUACGGAACUGCAAUUGCUUUAGGUAUUGCAUGCGCUGGAACUCUGUAUGCAGAUGCCAUCUCUGCAAUUGAACCAAUGUUAACGGACACCGUUGAUUUUGUCAGACAAGGUGCCUUGAUAGCUUUGGGAAUGAUUCUAUCUUAAGGAAACAAAGAUCAGGAACCUAAAUUUGAGCCAAUUAUGAAAUCAAUAAAUGAAAUUGCUGCUAAAAAACAUGAGACUGUUCUAACAAAGUUGGGAUUAGCCAUUUUCUAAGGAUUACAAGAUUGCGGAGGUAGAAAUUUGACAGUCUCACUGUAAAGCAGAUAAGGAGUGCCAAAAUUAAAUGCUUGUGUUGGUAUGUUAUGGUUCUUAAACUAUUGGUACUGGUAUCCUUGUUUAAGUAUGAUAUCGAUUGCUUUAUAACCAGCCGUCUUUAUUGGUUUAAACGAAAACCUUGAUAUUCCAAGAGACUUCCAAUUAUAAUGUAAUACCAAGUAAUCAGUUUUCGAUUAUCCUCCUCCAUAGAAAAAAUCAGAAAAACCAAUUGCUGAGAAGAAGACUGUGCAAUUAAGUACAACUCAGAAAGUGAGAGCUAGGACUAAUAAGAAAGAUCUAGAAAAGAAGCAAAUUGAUUCAGCAUCUCAAGGUGUCAUUUCCAGAGAACAAUCAAAAAUGAGUUUAGAGUAGCAACCAAGUGAAAUCAUCAGAUAACCAAGUCUUGUAGAGGAAUAAGACAAGAAAUAGGCUGCACCAAAGGAUGAACCAAAUCAAUAUAUUAUAUCAAAUCCAUGCAGAAUUUUAGAUAAACAAAAAAAACACAUCUAAUUAUUAGAGGGAAGUCGUUAUUAGCCACUCCUCAAAGAUCGUAAAUAAGGUUUGGUGAUGUUGAUUGAUAGUGAGCCUACACAACCUGCUGAUGUGAUAUCUCUCACAGUUAAACCAAAACAACCUAUAAUUGAACAAGUUGUAAAUUAAUAACCUGCUCCACCUAAUUAAGUGCCAGAAGAAUUUGUGUUCGAUGAAGCUCUUUAGAAUGAAGAACAAAAGCCAUGAGAAGAACAUAAUAUAAAUAUAUA